AUGUUCAGAUCAAUCAUAGCAUCAUCUAGUUCCACUAGACCUAUACUUUCCAAGUCAACCACUCGUUUCUUAUCCACCACCAGUCCACUUUUAAAACCAGCAUUGGCUCCAGAAGCUAGUGAAUAUUUGGCUACAGGGGGUUCUACUCAUGCUUCCCCAACAAAAGGAUUCAGACUUCCAAAACCAAAGACUUGGGAAGAAUCUCAUGAAAGUGCUUUAUCUAAAGCCACCAAGUUUUUCUUUUUAAGUGAAAUUGCUCGUGGUAUGUACAUUUGUAUGGAAAUGUAUUUCAGAUCACCAUAUACCAUUUACUACCCAUUUGAAAAAGGUCCAAUUUCUCCAAGAUUCAGAGGUGAACAUGCAUUGAGAAGAUACCCAAGUGGUGAAGAAAGAUGUAUUGCUUGUAAAUUAUGUGAAGCUAUAUGUCCUGCUCAAGCUAUUACUAUUGAAGCUGAAGAAAGAAUUGAUGGUAGUAGAAGAACUUAUAAGUAUGAUAUUGAUAUGACAAAAUGUAUUUACUGUGGUUAUUGUCAAGAAUCUUGUCCUGUUGAUGCUAUUGUUGAAACUCCAAAUGUCGAAUAUUCUACUGCUACCAGAGAAGAAUUAUUGUAUAAUAAAGAAAAAUUAUUGGAAAAUGGUGAUAAAUGGGAACAAGAAUUACAAUAUUGUAUUGACGCUGAUGCUCCAUACCGUUAA